UCUUCUUCCGCCCGAUUCAUAUUUUUCUGCCACUUUUUUCUCCACCUCUAGCUUGCUUUCCUUAUAAAAACCAUCGCAGCCCUUUAUCUACAUAUAUUAGUCAGUAGAGGAAGAGAGUGAGACAGAGAUGGAGCGAGCUGUGGUUCCUUCUCUACUGUUGUUUUUCUUGUUAUUGUCGUUUCUCCUCUUUGGUUGGUCUCAUGUUGCUGAGGCGCAGCUGCCAAUCCCAGCCAAGAUUGAUGGGUUUGUCUACGAGAGAGCUCCGGUCUGGGGGGACUCGGUGGUGGUGGAGGCCUUCUUCGAUCCUCUGUGCCCGGAUAGCCGGGACUCAUGGCCUCCUCUCAAGAAGGCUCUCAAGCACUACUCCUCUCGGCUCUCUGUCGUAGUCCACCCCUUUGCUCUACCUUACCACAAUAAUGCUUUUAUUGCAUGUCGUGCACUUCAUAUUGCAAACAAGCUGAAUACAUCCUCAACAUUUCCCUUACUGGAGCUUUUCUUCAAGCAUCAGGAGAAAUAUUACAACACACCAACUUAUAACAUGUCAAGAGCUUCCAUAAUCCAUCACAUAUCUAAGCUCGCCGCGAGCGCAGCAGGGAAGAACUCACUCUCUGCAAUUCAGGCUGGUUUUAAUGAUUCACGGACUGAUGCCGCAGCGAGGAUUUCCUUCAAGUAUGGGUGUUCAAGAGGCGUGACCGGUACACCCUCUUUCUUUGUCAAUGGAAUGCCACUUUACGGCUCUGGCUCAGCACUAGACUACAAGGUAUGGAAGGGCAUUAUUGAUCCAUUGUUGGGGAAGCAGUAGCAAGGGGAAAAGACAUCUGCUUUUCUGAUACUGGUUGAAAGGCCAAUAAAGGUCAAAGCCCCACACCUGGCCUUAUAAUUAAUUAGAUUUUAAGCUUGAUAAAUGCUCAAUAAUUGAAUCAUUGGCAACUUUUUGUAAUCAUUCAGAGAUUUUAUUUAUGUAUAAGUUCAGCAUGUUUGAAGCUUUUUAAAAAAGAAAUAGAAUUAAUAUAUUUGAGAAUUGAAACAAA